AUGUAUGAAGACGACGCAUUUGACGCUGCGCUCGAUGUCGAUGAUGCAUUCUGGGACGAGGCGGGUGAGUCUAUGGACGGGACAUUGGAGUCAAGUGUUUCCUUGUUAGGCAAAGAUGCUUCCUUAUUAAACGGCCCGAACAAUGCGCGGGCGAACGCUGCUCAGAGUGGACUAGGUACACACGAAAGUGAUCUAUUUAAUGAUCGAGCUCGUAGGGACAGUAGUGUAGCUGGUGCUACUGUACCGUUGUCGUCGUAUGUCAGAGGGCUGAAAGACUCGUUACAACCACGACAUGUUAGUCACUCUCACACUGGACUACAGGAGAGGACACGCGUCGAUUCCACGCAUUUAGGUGCACGUGCCGUGGGUGGGGUUGACCGUUCCUCACACAGAGAAGCUCGAUCCUCACACACAGACACCACAAGCACACGCACAAACUCAAACUCAAACUCAAACUCGAAUUCAAACACAAACACACACACAAACAAAAAUACAAACACAAACACAAGCUCCACAGACAAAUACAUGCACGCCAUGUUCGCCGGGAACAGAAGAACGGACCCGAAUUUUCGUGAGAAAACCGCACACACACAAACACACACUGCAUAUACCAACCAGAACCCCGUUACACAACGUAAGAAGGUGCAUUUAAGCGAAGCAGAGCAAAGGAGGAAACAGGGCGAGUGGGUCAGUGCCGUGAAUUCAUACGACAAUCCCAUACGCUUCUUCCCGGGGUGCAAGCCUCCCGCACGCCGGGAGCUGGUACCAACUCUCCUGCCGAUUGGUGCUGCUUUGUCUGGUGCAUCUGAGUUUAAGCCCAAGAUUGCUAGUACGCCUGUGCGCGCGGUGAAACCUCAAGUUUUAGCAAAUGAUGCCGAUCCAUGUCCGGAUACAGAAGUCGAGUCUGUCGAGGGUCAAAUACCGGUUUGUACGGAUCAGAGAAAUAAUGAGACCGUUGGCGGGCUGACAAGGGAGGCCGACGGGUUGGGCACGCCCAUACCUACACAGGAGCACAUCAACCCAGCGAAUGACUAUAGCAAGAAGCAAGUGCUAAUACCCUUUGGAUCGUUAACUGUGGACAGGUCUGGCCGAAACGAGCCGCCCGAAGUUCGGGAUGGGCGCAAGCGCAGGUGGCAGGAGGACUACUCCGGCAAGCAGUACAUGAAUGACAAGAAGAGGAAGUUGCAGCAGGAGAAUGCACAGAUUGGGGCCUUUAUAUUGGUCUCGGAUGGGGUGUCACCUGAGGACCGCAUGCAGUCCACGCUUCUCAAAGGCAAGGUCAUCUACGUCACAGGCUACACACAGCCGUCAGCGGACGAGCUCAAAGUGCUGGUACUCAGAUACGGGGGCACGUGGCAACACUUCUUCAAGAAGUCUGUGUGCACGCACAUUAUUGCCACGUCUCUAUCACAUGCGAAGUCUAGCAAAGUUCGGAAGGACAAAGUUGUGACCCCAGACUGGCUGGUGGACUCCGUCGCAGCGAAUCGGGUCUUACCAAUUGCUCUGUAUCAGUUAUUCAAACCCGAGGGCCAAUCAAUGCUGAGCUUCGCAGACCCAACCGCGGACAAAUCGAAACCAAACGGGAAAGCCAGGACCAAAAAUAAAGCCAAUCUACUUGCUUUGGAGCCACAAAUAGUAGAUGCGGCUGAAAUCGGGUGGGUCCCUCAACACAAAAGUAACGAGAGACAUGAUUUGCUCGCAGAUGUACCGCAUAAAAUAGCAGACCCCCUCGAAAGUCUUGCGAUUGAAGGUCAGUUAAAUGGUCCAAUAUUUCCGGAUAAAAUUGGGGUGUAUGAAAAUAACGGGACUGCGACCAUCGGAGAAUCGGGAGGGGAAGACCUGAAUCUGAACCGUGCCCCUAGUGAUAUUUUACCUACUGGGCUAAAAAUAUAUUCUAGUGCUGCGAAAGGGUCUAUAGGUGCGGUGCCAAUAGCAGAUACAGAAACUGUGGGCGAUGCAUCUAGUUCCAUAUCAGCAUGUAUACGUCCACGCACACGCUUACAGUCACCUGACGUUGAGCCAGAGGGUGCGGGUACGAGAGAUACAGCUCGUGAGCAACACACACCUAAAGGUGACCACGCGGACGGCCAGUCGAGAGAUACGACACUAGACAUGAAGGAAUGGGAUAAUCUACGCACAUACUGUCAUAGCAAGCAGUAUGACCACGCUGACGGGGCGAUGGGAAAUACAACGCCAGAUGGGAUGAGACAGACUCCUACGCACACAGAUAAGGAUACCAAGCAGAUGAGCAGUGAUAGGCAUGUAAGUGGUGGAUUACAUAAACCCCGGAAUACUGCGCAGCCUAGCAACACCCACGCGUCGCCUGAUACGCAAACGACAAGCACUGCACACACCCCGACUGUGAGGACUAAAGGUAGUAUCACACACCCACCCUCACACACUGAAAAGCAUAUACAUAAUAACACACCCACACACUAUAGAACGAGUAUAAAUAAGAACACGCCCACAUCCACCAGAAAAAUAAAGACUAGUUUCACACCCACAUCCACUAAAAGGACAACGAAUCGGCACAAGCACGCCUACCCCUCUCUGAUAGGGCUGGAUGCUCUGAGUGACAAAAGAGAGGCCAUGGCUAGACGGAAAGACGAGAACCGAGAGCCGGCAAUGACAAGCGAGAAUGUGCUUUCUCACGUGCACACACACACGCACACGCACACGCCUACAAGAUCUUCUCCUUCUUCUACUUCUUCACACGGUUCACAUCUGCACGUGGUUAGAAGCGAGAUUGUUAAUAGCGGUACUGCCCCUGUUCAUAGCGGUACAGGUUCGACUGAUGCAAUCGGAAGUUCGGUACACAAGACUGCAUGUGUUUGUGACACGGAUGGUGGUGCAGACGCAACAUGCAGCGAUUCCUCUGUGUAUAAGCGCGGCACUGAAACUGCACAGCGAUCUGAAGACCUGCUUAGCCGAACCUUGGGCACACAUGUGGAGUGCAGCAGUGGUGCUGAUGGCAGCCACACACCCCCACAGAGGGAGAAGGAUGGAAUGGUCAUUUUGGGCGAUUACAGUAGCAGCCUGGACGGUACCGGUGAGGCGCAAGAGCCCACUAGAGCCUUUGGGGAUCUGGCGAGUGUAUUGCGAAUUUGCGCACAGACGGAUGGUGAACCUGUCAAUAUUCAGAGCCCUGGUCCAGGUAUAGAGGGGACGGCCUCUGCAGCUGAGCGUACAAGUAAUAUGGAAGGCGUGCAGAAAGGUAUCGAUCUUUCCACUGGCGCUGAGAACGGGGUCCGACUACAGCGGCUGGUGAGUGCUGAUGCCAAGGAGACUGUGGCACCACCGGAUUUGUUCGGGCCGUGUGGUCUGUUUGGCGGUAUGAAAGCACACGCGAGUGGCUCUGAAAGAGAGAGAACACGCCGUGUAGGUACCGAACAUCUUCAACCAACAAACGAACUUAUCGUUAGCACAAACUCUGGGCACUCGAGUGGCUCAGGUGAGGAGAGUAUACACCGUGCAGGUCCAGAACAGACAAGCACCUUGAACUCGCCCACUGACAUUUUUGUUCUUGGCACUUACACCGAGGGUCGUAUAUCAACCGAUACACCGGGUACAGGGAUUGCGGGUCUGUCAGCUAGGGCCAUAGGAGGUGCAGAUGCUACUGUAAAUGAAGAGGCCGACAAAUCAGGGACAACAAUUCCGAAACCUGGCUCAAACAAGAUAGCAAAUCUGGGUCUCAAUGGCCCCGGAUCGGAGAGUGGGCCCAAGACAAUGACUAAUGCGAUGAUAAAGAAGCAGACGGACAUGCCCUCGCGAAGGUUGAUGCCACCACCACGCAAUCAGGAUACGCAAAAGAAACUGUCAUCUAUCGAUAACCCGGGCUUUGUGGACCAGUUUUUCGGACAGUCGCGACUGAGUCAUCUCGCGCGCACCGGUGCAGCCGCCAAAAAUUAUGUCACCAGCGUGAUCCGCGCGAAGCCCAGGCGUACUGAGCCCGAAAUUCGGAUACCGCUGGAGGCUCGGGUAAUUAUGCACCUGGAUAUGGACUCAUUUUUUGUGAGUGCGAGUUUAUUGAGUCAACCGCCACACUUCAAGAACCUUCCUGUAGCCGUGUGCCACGCCAAAGCGGCCAAGUCUGACUCGUCCAGUGAGAUCGCAUCCGUGAACUACGUUGCAAGGAAAUUUGGGGUUAAGAGUGGCAUGCUCCUGGGGAAGGCUUCGAGAUUGUGCCCUAAAAUCAUCACUGUCCCCUACGACUAUGAAGCAAACGAGCGCGUAUCUAAAAUCGUAUGUCAAGAUUUACGCUGCAGUGCAUCGGUAGGAAUCGGCAAUAGCAAACUCAUGGCCCGCCUGGCUACACGCGAGGCCAAACCAGACGGCGUGUGCUAUCUUAGUGACAGGGUCACACCCGAGGUAUUGCGAGAGAUGGCCGUAGAGAACCUCCCCGGGGUGGGCUGGAGCAAGCGAAAGCAGCUGAACAACAUCGGGGUGUUGACGGUAGAGGAUAUGCGUCACCUGGAUACUGCUGUGCUGCAGGAGAUGUUCGGUACCAACCUGGGACGCAAGCUCCGAGACGCGGCGCACGGCAUCGACCGGGAGGAGCUGACGGCAAGCAAAACACGCAAGACGCUGGCUACCGAGAUCAGCUGGGGGGUCCGGUUUACGGAUCAGAGGGGCGUGGACGAGUUUAUGGGCAAUCUGGUGCAGAACAUCCGCGAUAGGCUCAAGGCCGAGUGUUUAUUCACGGGUAGUGUGACGCUGAAGAUCAAGGAGACAGUCGAUGCGAAGGCCACGGCGCACAAGUAUCUGGGGCAUGGCCCGUGCUACGACCACAACCAGACCCAGAAACUGGGUGGAACCACAGACGAGUACAGCACCUUGUUGCGGACGUGCACACAACUGUUCAGGGAGAUUGGAGUGGCUCCCACGGAUGUACGGGGUAUUGGUAUUACCCUCACACGGCUGGUGCCAAUGGGUGAGGAAGGGAGUGUGGCUGGGACGAAAGCCGGCGUGAGUGUUGGUAAGGGCACCAUGGAACAAUUCUUCAUGCGUAAGGCAGUGGGGAAUGCGACAAGCGCACAGCUGGCCUUGUCGGAGCCCACGGGAGAUGCACCACAGUCAGAGCCACAUUCUCGGACAAACGGACGUGUAGCGAGUGGGCGCACCAUGAACGCUGCCGAUACUGCCACUGAGUCUCCUGUAAAGGGCUUAAUACCAACAGUUGCAGGGGUGGAUGUAGUGACAAAUGCGGUUAUUGACGAGAAUCGAGCUUCAGCCAAUGCAGCUGUUGAAGACGGUGUAGCUGUGGCAUUAGAGGAUAACAGAGGCCGUACUGUAGCAACUGGUGUAUACAGUGCUAUGCAUGGGCGUGAUGGUGUACAAGCACGUACGAAUGCGAGUUGUGUGGGUGCUUUGGAUGAUCACGCUGAGAACUCUACUGGUGCAAGCACGGAGUUUGGUAGGGUCGAUCCCCGAGCUGCGAUAGAUAGUACAGCGAACAAAGCGAUGGACUGGGAUCAGGGUACGAGUGAGAGGCUGGCAACAAGGUCAGUGGACCGCGUAGAUGAUACGGAAGCCAAUCCGAGUGUGCGAUGUGCGGACACUGAUAGGCACGAUGAGAAGUCAUGUGCAGAAAACGAUGCACGCGAAGGGGAGAAAUAUGAAGUGCGUGAUGUGUAUAGAGUGACUGGGCAGCGAGGUCCAUCGCACACGGAUACUAUUGGGAAUAGGGUUGCGGAGUCUGUAACCUCCAACCCUGGGAGCCUGAACGCAUCGCACCAGUAUAGUACUUCGGGCAGCUACGAGGGGCAUGAACACGUUGGCCUGGAUACCUUAGACCCUGUAGUUAGAAAUGCGGAAUCUGUAUCCUCAACUCCCAAGAUCAGAGCCCCUGUAGCGCUCAACAGCGCCACACCACCUCAGGACAAGAUAACGGAAGCGGAUGUGAAGGUGUUGGCAAUGCAUGGUAUUGACCCUCGCACGUUCAUGGAACUGGACCCGUGCACACGCAGAGACGUGCUGGAUGGGCUCAGAGAGCCGGUGUCAGAUACGUAUGUAGUGUCUGCGAAGGAUAAUGAUACGACACACGUGGCCAUGGAGAGUGCACACCGGGGAAAUGGCAUACAUAUGCCAGACCGUGCGGAAACCCCAAUCGUUUCAUCUGUCACUGGAGAUGAUACUAUAUAUCUAUCGGAGCAGAGGCAUGUUUCUGGUGAUACGGAAUCGUAUACCGGGACAAAGCGGAAUGAAGUGCCGCACCUUCGAAAGCCUUCUUCGUUAUCGGUGAGGGGGGAGUCUGUCUUUAAGAUACCAAAUCCUGUUGGAACGGCAGUUCGCGCUGAGGGUAGCUCUGCCGUCGGGAGGAUUGGACAAAUCAGUCCUAAAAUUCAGGCGCAGGUGCAGGGUCCUGCUAUUCAGCUGCGGAACCGAAAGAGGGACGGAUCUCCGACUUAUGAAGACUAUACCGCCUCCAAAAGUGCCACCUUAGUACCACCCGCUUCUCGACAUAGUGCCCAAUACGCACAUGAAAAAGUUCGAAAUUCGGUACAAAACGCCAUUGGUUCCGCUCAAAACGUUCAAAACUCGGUACAACCCGUUCAAAGUUCCGUACCAAGUGUUCAGUGUUUGCGUGAGGAUGCACUGUUUGCCGACGAUAUUAGUCCGUCGCGGUGGGACUCACAGGUAGUGCGUGCACUGCCCUUAGAGAUGCAGAGAGAACUGGAACGGCUCAGAGAGCGGACUAAACUCGAUAUUGUACCACAAUUGGGGGAUCGAGGGGAUAAUACACACUCCUGUGGUAAUUCCGGUACGAGUGGUGUAUUCCCUGGUAGUAGUAGUAGUUGUGGGACCUAUCAUAAUAGCACGCAUACGAAAACUGCACAUGGCACUGGUGGUGCUAGUACGAACUAUAGAGACGGUGUUAGUACGACGGAGGUUAACUCUAGUACAAGCACAAACACCACUGCAGACAGAACAGGCGGUGAUGACCAAAGGAGGUUCAAUCCAGAUUAUCCCCGUAGUAGUAGUAUUUGCAGUAGUAGUAUCACUACAGGUUAUGUGCAUGGCAGCGGCAGCACAGUGAAUAGUACAAGCACAGGUAGGCAUGCUGACAACCUAGGUGGUCCGCCUGGCAACGAUGGCAACAGUCCCACCGGUGAAAGUACCGAACUUCCUGAACCAGACUAUGAGGCUAGUUCGUACUUGACAAGUAUCGCGGCGAAGGGCAAGCUGCAGGCAGCCACACCUACUGGGUGCAGCGAGUUCGGUUCGGAAAAUAGCACAAGCCGGGUGGAAGGAUGCAGUACAUACCCAGGCGGGGUACAUCACAGGCAUGUAGAUGGAGUGGGUGCGUUUGGAGGAGAUGGUGCUGUACGUAACCGGUUGGAGUUAGGGGGAGAACUGGAUAUAGGUAAAGGCCAUGUGUCUGCAGGGAAUGGGGCUGGCUCAGGCGAGAACUAUCAACACCAAAAUUCUGAGAGAGAGGUUAGGGGGAAGAUGGUCCACGAAGUUGGCAUAGUCUCGUGA